AUGGCAAAUGAUUCCACAUUAAAUAAUGAAGAAUUUCAAUUGAAAAAUUUGAAUUCAACUUCUUUUGAAUUCAUUUCCGGUGAAGAAGCGAUGGAAAAAUUGAAAAACAUGGAUGAUUUUCUUUCAAAUUUCAGUCAAUUUGAUCUUAAAUCUCGAACAAAUUUAUCUUCACCAACGUUAGAAGAUUAUUUUCAAGACAUUUCUCAACAUAUUUUACUUUGGGACGAUCAAUCCAUCACAUCUGUUCGAUCAUCAAUUAAAUAUUUGAAUACAACAUGUUUCAAUCAACUAAAAUAUUUAAUUUUUCCAUCGAAAAUCUUUUUGAUAUUAACAGAUGGAAAAAUUGAAAAUAAUGCGGCAUAUUGUCGUAAUGGAAAUGUUGUUGUAUUUCCAAAAGAAUUACUUUAUUCAAAAGAUAUAUUUAUUCAUGAAUUAUUUCAUAUUUGGAGUAAAACAAAAGAAAAUUCAAUUCUUCGUGAUCGUUUGUAUGAAAUAAUCGGAUUUCAUCAAAUUCCUUCAGAUAAAUCAAGUCGAUUUCCUCCACUUUUAAAUGAUUUGAAAAUUACAAAUCCAGAUGCGCCUUUAGUUAUGAAAUAUUAUAUUAAUUUAAGAAAAUCCGAUGAUUCAGAUAAGAAAGUUUAUAAAUGUUCACCAAUUUUAUAUUCUUGUCGAUCAUUUGAUCAGAAAUUUUCAACAAAUUUCUUUGAUUAUUUAAUUGCAACGACAAUUAUUCUUGAUGAUGAAACAUUUCAACCCGUCGAACCUUUACAAUUUUUAUCUUAUGAAAAUACGAAAGAUUUUUAUAAACAAAUUGGCCAAAAUACACAUUAUAUUAUUCAUCCAGAAGAAAUUCUUGCCGAUAAUUUCGUUUUAUGGAUUAAAUCAACUGAAAAUCAACAACAAAUAAUAACACCAGAAAUUAUUUAUCAAAUUAAUCAAAUUAUCUUGAAUGUCAAUUAA